AUGCCUUCGCCAGCGCCUAGAACCUCGAACCUCACCGCGCUUCUUCACAGCGCCCCGACAGCGGGAGACCCGACGCUCGUCCGGGACUCUGCGCAAGCGGUCACCAGAUUGCGACACCUUAACGAGGCGGAAGUGAUUACAAUGUUCACACCGUUCGUACCUCAUCCUCCUGGCAGCUCCUUGGCAAAAGAUAUGGACCCUUUUGAGCCUUUGGGACGAGCGCUUCCCCGGCAGGUACGACAUGUGCCUUACCGCCUGGAUCGCGGUAUGACAGAGACACAUGCGGACUUUCUUCCUACGAGCGGAGCCAUCGUUGUCGUUAUAUGUUCCUCGCAAAAUGUCCUCAACCAUGACUCGAGGGCCUAUGAGCAGCAGACGCGGUUCGCGCAAGACGCCAUGAAAAGGGUAGUAGAGAACAGGUCUCUAGCGAGCAUACCCGUCAUCGUUCUCCUCAUCUCGAGUGGCAUAAUGAGGCAGACACACGAAUAUGGUCUUAAAGAUUUUCCGACACUGGUCACGCUCAAUGACUACUCUACCGCCGCACUGACGAACGCCGUGCGUGUACUUUUCGAAAAGUGA